AUGUCGACGACUGAAGCAUUUCUCUGUUAUUUUCUCUUCAAACCUAGGCCAUCUAAUUUGAAUGAAUUAUUUAUUCAAAACAGCAAAGCAGUGGAACAAAAUACAAAAAAAAAGAGUAGCGGUAGACCGCCAACAAACGUGCACAGUUAUUCCUUAUCUCUCAGAAAAGAAGCCAUGUUGGGCGUGGCGCUCGUGAUGAAAAAAAAACUCUCGCUUUUCGUUCUUCUUUACUCCGCUUGCUUUUGCCUUUGCCAUGAUGUGUAG